UAUGAAUGUGUAAGUGUGUGUGUGUGUGUGAGAGAGAGGGAGAGGAGCUGUGUGAUCCAUUUGGCUGCGCGCUGCCGACCCGUGUCAUGGUAGUGGCGGGCACAUACAUUGCCCUUCGAACGUUAGGGUGUGAUCGUGCCCACAUCGAUUCGAAUACCUCAUUGGGAUUAAAAACAUCUCCGGGUGACUGCGCGCUUUUGAUCGGUUCCUUCUGAAUCUGUGGUUAAGAUCACUGGGAAACGUUAGUGGACGGCUUUCAAGCUAGCUAGCUCGGUUGCUACCCCGACGAAAACAGCGAUUAUCUUGUCGGAAAUGCACUAACUGGGUUGUGUGAGUAAGUUCACUUGUUUCCUGUUUUCGCCGGAGAGUCCGGUUGCGCGAGUCUGUCAUAUCUGGAGGAGGGCCGCGAGGAUCAGGAGAUGCAGACCUUCCUCCGCGGCCGGCGCGUGGGCUUCUGGCUCAGCGAGAAAAAGAUGAAGAAGCUGAAUUUUCUGGCCUUCGCCGACAUGUGCAGGAGGAGGGGCAUUGAGCUGGUCCAGUUGGACCUGUGCCAGCCUCUGGAGGACCAGGGGCCGCUGGACGUCAUCAUCCACAAACUCACCGACCUCAUCCUGGAGGCCGACCAGAACCACGGAGAGGCACUAGUGCUGCUGCAGAGAGUCCAGGAUUACAUUGACACACACCCAGAGACCAUUGUGCUGGACCCACUGCCCGCCAUCAGAACCCUUCUGGACCGCAGCAAGUCUUACCAGCUGGUUCAUCACAUCGAGGAGCACAUGAAAGACGAGCGCAUUUGCUCUCCCCCCUUCAUGCUGCUGGAUGAACCAUGUGGACCAGACACACAGGAGCAGAUGAAGCAGCACGGCCUCACCUACCCCUUCAUUUGUAAAACACGAGUAGCACAUGGAACCAACUCCCAUGAGAUGGCGAUCAUCUUCAGUGCGGAGGGUUUGCAGGCGGUGCAGCCCCCCUGUGUGUGCCAGAGUUUUAUAAACCACAACGCCGUCCUCUACAAGGUGUUCGUGGUGGGCGACGCUCACGCUGUGGUGGAGAGACCCUCUCUCAAGAACUUUCCAUCUGGACCUGCAGACCGGAAAGCCAUUUUCUUCAACAGUCACAACGUGUCCAAACCAGAGUCUUCCUCAGACCUCACCUCGAGGGACAACGUGGAGGGCGUGUCCCAGCCUCCGAGUGAUGAUGUCAUCCGUGCGUUGUGUCGUGCACUGCGCGAGUCUCUGGGCGUGUCUCUGUUCGGCAUCGACGUCAUCAUCAACAACCAGACAGGCCAGCACGCUGUCAUCGACAUCAAUGCUUUUCCUGGUUACGAAGGUGUUCCGGAAUUCUUCAGUGACCUCCUGAACCACAUCACCAGUGUUCUACAGACCCCGCCCCCUGCCCCGCCUCCCUGCCCUCCAGCAUCGCCGCCGGCAACCCUCCUUGACCGUGGAGGGCUGUGUGUGUGGCGUGUGUGUGUGUGUGUGUGUGAGGGCCGGGAGCUGUGUGUGUGUGAGUGUGUGUGUGUGUGUGAGCGUGAGGCAGAGGGGGCCGCGCCGCUCAAGGGCUCCUGUCCCAGACUGGGCUGCACGUCCACCCUCUCGCCCAACUUCCAGCAGCACUGCGUCGGCUCCCUCGCAACCAAGGCCUCCUCCCAGUGACCACACGCACACACACACACACACACACA